AUGAGGAGCAGGAGAAUUAGGUACGGAGAGGUGUGCUCUGAGAGCAACCCGGGUAAGACAGAACGUGACCUUGGACGCUCUCUGACCUGGGUGAGCAAAGUAGAGACAGAGCUGAUCGGUGUUCAGGCAUUCAAAGGAGGGACAUACGCCAUUCCUCUAGUUCUUGUUUCGGCAGUAAAGUGCUGCAUGGUGGGAUAUUUAGCACAGACCAAUACCACCCGUCACCAGCAUCGACGUUCGGACGAGAGGUCGAAGUGGUCUGGUUCGCUAUUCUGGUAUAUUGCAUGUGAUUAUCUCUUCCGGAAAUUUCGGUACCAGAUUCAGCUGAUUGCCCAUAGCUGUUGUAUAACUUUGUUCGACGCACUAAGUCGGAUGAAUGUUGCCGUGAUUGUAGUAUUGGGUGGUGAUCAUAAGUCGUGUUUCGUCAGUAAUCUACUUCUGGCUCUGGUGACUUGGAUUCUCCCCGCUUUAUGGGAGGUCCUCGCACUAUACCUCACAGUCCAGAUUCCUUUCAAACGCCUCCUUUUGUUGCCGUUUCCGGCUUCAUCCUCCCUUUGCAUUUCGAACGGCCAUAGCGGACGCGAUCGUUGCGGAACGUCAGGUUCAUUUUCGUUUGGCUCAAGCUUCAUAGUCACGUUCUGGGACCACGCCUGA